AUGUCUGUUAAAAAGAGGGCUACCCCCAAGAAGUCAGUCUCGUUUUCUGAUGACGAGACAAUUACGAGAUCCAGGCCAUCCAGCGAUAGGAAACAUAGCGUUAGCCGUGAUAGUCCUCCCAUUUAUGUGAAAAAGACGAUCAGAACAGCCCCUUUACACCUGCUAGGGCUUCUUUAUUACUACCUAAAGUUAUCUGACAACUUCGAUGCCGUCACCCUGCUGUACUUGUUGGUGCCGUUUCAGAUUGCAUACUUGUCACUCCAGUUCAACAAAUCAACAGUUUAUGGCCACAAGAUUCUGAGGCUGCGGACCAGCUUAGUUCCCAUUUGCUUAGGGGCAACUUUGGCGCUAACGAUCCCGUGCCUGCUUAUCAUCAUAUUGCUAGGUGCUCCGAUCGCUAUGCUUUUGAAGGAAACUUGGAUUCUUGCUGCUCACUGCUGCCUCCUAGGAUUUCCCGCUGUAUACUCUAUCUUCAAUUGCAACUUUAAGGUGGGCAACUUCAAAAAAUACUUCAUCGCCAUCGCCGUUGGGUGCUGGAUAAGCUGCGUGGUUAUUCCGUUAGACUGGGACAGAAGCUGGCAAGAAUGGCCUACUCCGCUAGUUGUUGGAGCUUAUCUUGGAGCUUUUGUAGGUUACUCGAUAGGCCCCUACCUCUAG